UUUCCCACUCACUCAGACCUCUCAGGAAACUCCCAACUCCCUGCCCAUUCACUAACUCAGCCUCACUGCAGCACACCUCCUUCAGCACGCGCUCCCAUCUCAGUCUGACCAUGUGGAGGAUGAACAGCAUGGCUUUAGUCCUGGUGCUCUGCACAUUGUUGUUACGCAAUGGUGUGUUGGGCCAGGAUGAUGAUCCAGUUACAGAUGCACCUGCAGGUGAUGCCGGCGAUGAAGUGACUUCCGCUGCGACAGACCUGGAUUCCCAGCUGGACACCACCAAUGCGCCAGAUUCUGGAGCCUCUCCGGCGGCUGGAGGAGACUCGGACACACCUGCUGAAAAUACCACCCCUUCAGUGACCGGUUCACCCAGUCAUAACCAGGAAGGUGACACUCUAGGGACAACCGCUGGCCCUAGUGGUCUCGGCGACGAUGACACCGUGGUUGUGGAUUCGUCAGAUCAUUCCCACGUCAUUAAAACAAAGCCCGUGGUGGAAUGUGUCGGGAAGGAGGAGAUCGAGGAGAGUAAGGCUGUCAAGGCUGUGGUCACCACAACUAACUGUGAGGACACGAAAGUGCACAUUCAGGACAGCAAUGUCUGGUGCUACACUGAAAACUGUCGCAUAAAAGUCUACCAGGAGGGAAACAACGUAAGGAUGGUCCGGAAUGAUGCGAAACAGCAAACUCUGGCUGAAGCCCUCAAGGGUGAAUUAAAGGACAAGCUAGGUGUGGCAAAUGUGGAGGCACCAUCGUCUUCAUCGUCCUCAAAUCGGUCUGUAUUUGUGGGGAUCCUGAUCACCGGUCUGCUGGUUGCAGCCGCCAUCGUUGCUGCUUACUGCAAAUGCCAGCGCCGAACUGACAGCAAGGGAGUCAAACUGGCAGAGGAAGCUUAUCCAGUGGAUCAGGAGAACCAGGGGAACACCCUUGUGUCUGUGGCCCCCCUCAACCCCCCGGCAGAAACCCAGGAGAAACCCAGUGUGAACGGGGAGUCUCCUGAAGCUGCCAAGACUGAGCCAACUCCUCCCACCAACGGUCACUCCGCCACCAAGACUGCAGACACGGAGCUGUGAACCCCCUUUCCACACAUUCACACGCACACACACACACACACACGCACACACACACACACGACACCACACCUACAUAGUCAUCAGGGACAAAAAGAAUAUCCCUCAUGGACACAACUGUGGCUCACUUGCCCCUCUCUCUCCCAGUCUUUGGCUGUAUGCCGUAACAAACAUCAGGAAAACUAGUCUGAUGAUGAUGAAGGUGGCCACGGCGGAUGUUAACGACGGCUCAGUCCCUGACUUGUUGACGGCACUCGAGCUGGAGAUGGGAGGUGUGCGCUUUUGGGUGGGAUGAAAAUGUAUUUCAGCAUGACUCACCCAGGAUGGGGUCCCAUAAGGGCUGCAGCGGCUUCAUACCGUCGACACCCAUCAGCCUGAUUUCAUGUCAUCAGGUUCAGCGCUCCACCCUCCAGUAGAACAUACGACACAUGCACAUGUUCCACAGUCCACAGCAAAGCUCUGUCCACUUGAAUUAUUGAGCAUGUAGAAGUGUGAAGGUGCGCAUGUGUCCCUGCAGGCUUCUUCUGUUAACUGUAUGUAUGCAUGACUUCAUGUGAUUUUUUUUUUUUUGUGCCGCUAAAAUGUAAAAUUGGUCAUUUUUCCGCCAUCACAAGGAAGCUGAAGUUCAACCUCAUCGUUUUCUCCACCAAGACACAGUCACAUCACCAAAGUGCCUUCAGAUGCGGGCUGAAGACCAUCUAACUCAGCAGCGCUACCCAUCAGUGUUAUUUCCUCUUCAUUAUACUGUGUAUGCCAUUUUAUAUCAGUAUUCUAUUGAGCUGUGUGUUGUUGUUUUUUUGCUAUAUCAAGUCUGUGUUACUUUGCUUCAACGUGCCAAAGUUUUCACUUGAGAGCUUUUGUUGGACAAACAUGAACGUUGUGGCACCUUUUACAAAGCAAGCAAAGUACACAGUGGUGCAAAUGUGUGAUUCUUUUUUUGUUUGUUUUUUGAGUUGCAAGAGAUUCAACACAAGGAAACUACUGUUUAAAUGAUAAACUGGAACCCAGUAUGACCGGAUUGAAUUUUGUAUGGUGUUAUUACUCACAUUCCGCAGGGACUGUUUUGUUUUACAAGCAGCCAAACGUUUUAAAUUGGAUUUAAGAUCAAAAGUAUCAAAUAAAAAUGAUUUUUUUUUAAUGAU